CCACAAAGUGAGGUUAUGUUGUGAAUUUCUGGAAUCAUCCUUGCAAAAAAUAUCUCGCGAAAUCCAUUAAAAUCCCCUGUAAUCUCAUUUAAUUCGUGUUGACAGGCAUUGUGGAGUGUUUUCUGGGAAAACUGAAGUCAGAUUUUUCCCAGGAAGACGGUUGAAAGCGUGAAAAAGCUGUGCAAAAAGGACACUCGCGGCAGAGCUGACCUGUUGAGUGCACUUCCCGGACAGAGACGUGUUGAGGUGGAAAAAAGGGUGGCGAUUUGGAGUGUGAGUCAUUGUGGCUGAGACAUUAAAAUUUACAUAAUUUGCGCCCAUAUUCUGUGCGCUCACACUUGAGGUGAAAAACGCAUUUUGUGGCACGUGAGCUCAAUCGGGGAAAAUUGCCCGUUCGCUGGUGUCAGUGACGGUGUGUUAUUUGGUGUGAGUCUGACGAAAUGUGAUUUUCAAUGUGAAUUCCUGUGUAUGGGAGACGCGACGCGGAGGGGGAGGAAGUGGAAAAGCCAGAGAGACCAACACAGACAGCCGGAAUUGGCACGUGUUUCAUCAACGUUUCCUUCGUGAGCAGAGGAGGGGCGCCCCAAGUGAGAGACAAGCACACUUUUUCCGUAGCCCACAAGUGGCUUCACGAGUGGCCUGUGAAUUGUGUCUCGUUAUCGCAUUGAUAUGCAUUCCAAUUUGAUCGGCUCAGCUGGAAGCAUUGUUUUGCAAAGCGUUCGCAGCGAUUCACAGGAAAAUUCCCACCGCAAUCGUGUGAGAGGAGCGUUCUAAGCGACGUGUCAAGAAGAUUUGAGGAGCAGAAAUCCUUCCACUGGACACACUUGUGCAGCAAGGAUCGCGGGGAACACUGUGAGCCGAGUGCCACGAUCCAAAUGAAAAUUCAUGGGAGAAUAAUGUGCUUUGGCGAGUGUUAUCAGAAUCUAACUAUGUGUGCUUGCGAUAAGAACCGAUGAUUUGCAUUUGAACGAGCUAGUGACUCACGGACAGUCAGUCAGAGAGCCAGUUUUCGCCGCCAAGAGGAGAGUCAAGGAAAUAUUUUCCACGCAAAGACAAUUUUCCCGUGCCACAGGCAAAAUCGCCCCAAGAGAGCCAAACACUAUUCAGAGAGACUUAACAUAGGGAGAGAUAGAGAGAGUGAAGGAGUGUCGAUCGGGUUCAGUGAGAUUAAAUUGCCCUGGACGUGGACAAAAGCAUCAAAUUUAAUGUGUACAUCAAUCCGUAUUUGUCGCAACAGUCGGGUCACAUUAUUUUUCCGAAAGCCACGUUACACGCAUUACUGUUCCGUGUGGAAUGUUAUAUUGAGUUUCGUUUAUCAAAAGAGUGCGAUUUGAUGGCCUUAGCAACAAGUUGAGAAGCGUCACAGCGAAAAAUCUUGUCGAGCCACCGCACAAAUAUCAUUUAACAUCAUCGCUCGAAACACUCGGCCCGUCGCUUUUUUCUGUGCCUUUCCUCCGAUAUCCACACACCACGACAGCCGCCAAGUCAAGAGCAAGUGGGUGAGGAGAGUUGGACGAGUCUUGAGACACACUGGGACACAAUCAUCGCACCCGGACAUACACUAAACAACGCAGGUCAGGAGAGCCUGAGAGCAUCUAGCAAGCCACAAGAAGUCAGCAGAGGAUCACGAUGGACUCGUACUGGGAGCAGAACCACUUGCCAAAUUCCGUCAAGUACGAAAAUGAGAUCAAUGGCGGUCCGUAUCCGUACUGCGAAACUGGUCUGAAUUUCUCCACAAAUGCCACGUUCAGCGAGGAUGAUGCUGAGUAUCACGGUCGCCGCGGAAAAACAUCUCGGCAAGAUCCACUGUCGCAUCGGAUUAUUGAGAAGCGUCGACGCGAUCGCAUGAACUCCUGCCUGGCUGAUCUGUCGCGUCUCAUUCCGCCACAGUAUCAGCGAAAGGGUCGCGGACGCAUCGAGAAGACGGAAAUCAUCGAGAUGGCCAUCAGGCACAUCAAGAGCUUCCAGAAGCAGGAGAGUGUGUGCCGUGACACGAUUCUGGCGGAUAGAUAUCGUCGCGGGUACAAUGAUUGUCUCACGGAGGCGGCCAAGUUUCUUGUGACCAUCAAUGAUGAGUUCGAUACCAUUUGCUACAAGAUGAUAGAGCAUCUCAAGGAGCACUGCGGGGAGGUGAUGAAAAGCGACUAUUGCAAGUCUCGCGAGUGUCUGGAGCCUAUGACGAAUGGUGGCAGCGCCUCCUCGCCGUCGCCGCCGAGUGGAUAUCAUCAAGGAGCGCCGCUGUCGCACCUGCGAGACAUGCUGACGUCAGACCUGGAGCACAGCAGCAACGACACGAGUGACGUGAAGGACCUGAGCUUCCGGCAUCAGCAGCCACAGCAAGCGCCCGUGAUUACGUCCACGGGCGGCCCGGCGGCGCCCAUGGACACCCACCCGCCGCCCGACAGUCAAGCGGUAGCGCACCAGCAUUCCUUCCACGCUCCCGAGGCCGCCCGCCACGCUGAAGCCGCCGCCGAGGCGGCCGAACACAACAACAACAGCUACAAGUUCAAGAACUACAUUCAGCAGCGCUUCUCGCAGGACAGCCACCAUCUGCACGACGAGGUGGCGGUGACCAAUUGCAGUCACAGCAGCGAAGGCAGCGAACGCGACAGCGGCGUGCACGCGGGCGCGAAGGGAUUGUGUGCGGAGAACAGCAACAGCGGCGACGAGCAUCCGGCGGCGGACCUGAGAGCGACGGCCCAGACGGCGCCCAAGUCCACCGCCGCCCGCCACCCACCAAUGGCUGUGCCAAUCUUCGCGCUGCACUCGCAGGGCACGUUCUACGUGCCGCUGAGCGUGGACUACGACGCGCUAGUGCCAUAUCUGGGCCACGCGGAGCUGCUGGAGAAGAACUACGCGCCUCACGUGCCCGUCCACCCUGUCAACAUCCACAUUCUGGCCACACCACCUGUGCGUCCCGACGCGCCGCCCCGGCACUCCUUCCUGCUCAAGCCAAAGCUGGAGGGUCUCAUCAAUGCGUGGUGAGGAGGAGGAGGACAUCUAUAAGCUACCCGUACACAUACAGUAUAAUAGACAUUGGGGUGUAGAGUCAUGCGGAGAGACACUGAUUGAAUAUGAUAUAAAAGUUCUUUUGUUAUCAAA